GGUCAGUAUCGUCACUCAAGUAGAAAUUCGACCAUUGAUAACCACGUGUAAAAUUCUCUCCCGGAAGGGAUUUGUAUUUUCAUACGUAAUUAGGAUUUCCUAUUCCGCCGGUUUGCUGCAAUUUUUAAAUAUGUCGGAUCUAUUUGACAAUAGUUCUUUCACCGACAAUGAUAAUACCAAAGGAAUGGAUUCCGAACUGGCAGAACUUUUGAUGGUCGAGAAGCAAAAGGCACAAUUUAAUGCACAGAUCCACGAGUUCAACGACUUUUGCUGGGACAAAUGCGUUGAUAAGCCUGGAAGCAAAUUGGAUGGUCGCACAGAGACUUGCAUACAUAAUUGUGUCGACAGAUUCAUAGACGUUUCCCUGUUUGUUACCAAUCGUUUUGCGCAGCUAUUGCAAAACUCUGUAGGGAAAUGAGAAUACACCGUAUUACGUUUAAACUUACAAGUUACGUGUAACAACAACAUGCAGCGACUGUAAAAUAAUUAUAAAUAUGAAAUUUAAUUAAAAUUUGUAAUUUAGCGUGUGGCUAUGUAACGAGACUUUAAAUUAAAGAAACAACUAUUCCCGUUACCAGAAA